AUGCUUCAGGCUUUUCCACCUAAUGGAGGGAACCAGGGCUCCGUCCACCAGCUCGAGCCUCAGAGUACUUCGUCAGUUCUCCCUGGUUAUACACCGCAGCAGCAGCAGCAGCCGGAAGCCAUGGCGGACUCUCCUCCUCCUCAGUAUCACCCUCCCGGUGCUGAUCAAACAAACGCCAAUGAUAUGGAGGUAGACAGCGUUGGCAGUGAAACUCGCUCUAGACGCGCUACCAGUGUUAUUUCUAUGGACGAUAUUGAAGCUGCUCAAGCUCUGGAAGGGCUACGCUCAGAGUACACACAUACUCCUGUUCCUACAAGGCCUUCCAGCGACUCUACAUCUCAAACACCAGAGACAACAGAACCGGAGCCGUUGUUGUCCCUCAUUACAUCACACCCUCUCCUAUCUUCCGCAAUAAACAGUUCCAUGUCUGUCUACACGUCCUCCAAAACAUAUUCUCCCAAGUUCAAGUACGGAGCCGAGUUUAUUGAACGAAAUAUUGGUCCCCGAGUUGUGAAUACCGUGGGGUCGGUUGGCAGGCGGACAGGAGUCGAAGGUGGCCUCCGUUGGGCUCUACAGCGCAGAGAGAGCGUUAGCUCCAAGUCCAAUACUAACUCCAACUCCAACCACGACCAAGCAGCGGAAACUGCAGACAUUGAGAAAGGCAUGAAUGAUCUCCGAACUAGUCACUCAAGGCGGUCGUCAACCCUUUCGUCUGAACCCCUACCUCCCUACGAUAAUCUUUCUUCUCCGAAAUAUGAAGAGCUGCACAAGGGUAACCAACAACAUCAGCAAACCCAACAGCCACAGAGCCAAUAUUCCUGGCAAAACCGUCUUAUGAUAUCCACCUCGGGCCUCGGAGUAGCAAUGAGCGAAGAGUCGUUGCGAAGCUUGACAUACUGCCUCACCUGGCUGCAAUGGGCGAAUACCCGGAUUGGGACGUCUGUGGUUAGUCUCAAGGAGGCAUUAAGGGAUUGGGAUUCGUCAAACCAGUCCGGUGCAGAAAACAAGACAAACAACGAGGAUAGCCAGCGGAGCCCCGCGGUACUCUCACAGCAGAUCCAACAGGUCAAAGGCGACGUCCUGCAAACAUUAAAAAUGGUUGUUGACGUUGUAUCCAAGUACGCCGGCGGAGCUUUGCCAGAAAACGCUCGCAACCUUGUCCGAAGACACCUCACAUCCCUGCCUCAGCGAUUCCGCAUCGCGUUCAACUCAAAUGUACCAUCAGAGGGUUCUGCUCCGGAAUCCGACAUGAGGACAAGAGCUUUCCGUGUGCUCGUACUAGCUGAAGAAGGCCUCGAUAUGAUGGGCCAAGUCAGCAAAGUCGUAAACGACACAUUAGUCAGCGCCGAGAACUGGUGUGAUACGCUACGACGGCCGAAGCCGUCCGCCAACAACACUAACGCACACAACAUGCCUCAACCACCUCCUUUUGAGGAGGACUUGGACCGCAAGAUUCCUAUUCCAGUACCAAAUCAAAAAGACGACGUUGAGAUGGACGGCUGA